AUGCUCAAAUUGCCGACAGAGAUACGCCUGCGCAUUUUCGAGUACCUCUUGCCUUCCAGAGCGCUGUCCUAUGAAUGGCCAGACUCAGAUGAUGAUUCAGAAGUCUACGAGUCGGCAGCGUGUGAGCUGGGCGAUUGGAAUAUGUCGUUGCUGCUUGUCAAUCGUCAGAUCCAUCAAGAGGCCUCGAGCACACUCUACGGGCAAGCGAGAUUCUCUGUAGACCUAAAUUCCGAGCGCAUCUUGAUUCCAGGCGCCCGCUAUUAUGUCGAUCCUGUUAGUUCUGACACCAAUCCCUAUGGCCAGGGCUGGAAAGCAGAUCUUACGGUUUUGCCGUACAGAAAGAUCCAGAGGUUCUACGUGGAGGUCACCGUUCCUUACGAGCUCGAUACAUCGACACCGAGCCAAUGGGAGCAGGCGCUCUACGAUGUCCGUGACAACGUGCGCAGACUAGUGGCGCUUCUCCUGGAGGUCAAUCGCAUCCGUGAGUUGAGGAUCGUGGUGUCGCUGUAUACCUGCAAACUCCGGUUUGAGUCCGUUGUCGCUCCUGCGAAAUGGCUUCUCGAGCCCCUUUGGUCUCUCCGCAACGUAGUACGAGUAGAUCUUGAAGACAUAGAGCUCUUGCACCGCUCUCUUCCAUUCGAUCAUGAGAGCCACAAGUACAGCAAGACUCUGAUAGGCACGAAGAGCAUGAAGGGCCCUUUGGAUAAGUCCGAGAUGGAACCCUACGACACGGAGUGGUCGGCUUAUGUGAAGGAGAAGGAAGCACUGUUUCCCAGCACGACCGUCGCGCCAGCAACUCCACACGAGGUUAUUGGGGCGUAUGAGAGGAUCACUAAUGCGGCGGUCGCGUUAAGGGACGUGGUACCAUGUGGUGCGGAGUGGGGGAUAAACCGAAGCGAGCAUCUGACUCAACUCAAAGACAUCCUGCACCUGGCCCGAGUUGCACGAGAGAAUGAGAAUCUUAACGAGUUGGGUAAAAUCGGAACGAAACUUCCGGAGAUCUGGGAUGGAGUUCUACGCCAACAAGAGGACAGGCGAGCUCUCGUCGAUGGGAAGGUUUCCUGUCUGAGAGCGGAAGAGAUUACCAAUUUCAAGAUUACCAAGUACUUCAAGUCCAUCUCGCAAGCCAAUGACUGA